AUGCAGCGCAGCCUCUCGCGCGUCGCGACGCGCGUCGACGCCCAGCACGCCGUCACCGCGACCGCUCUGCGCCUCGAAUCCGCGGCCCCGCAGCGCGCCCCCUGCUGGCCGCGCACACUUCGCGGGUUCGCUAGCGGCAAGCGCGGCGCGGGCUACGACCUCAAGUUCGACGCCACGCACGAGGAGCUCGAGGAGAUCCUCGGCCAGCACCUCGCGCCCAAGCAGCCCCUCGAUCCCAACCCUAUGCGUAUUAUGACACACCGCAGGGAGGCGCUGUCGCUGUACCGCGACGUGCUGCGCGCCGCGCGGUUCCUCGUCUGGCCGGACGAGACCGGCGAGCCGUGGCGCAACGCGGUCCUGAGGAGUGCCCGGGAGGAGUUCGAGGCGGGGCGCCACGUCCGGGACCCGGAGGAGGCGGCGCGGCGCAUCGUGAACGGGCGGGAGGCGCUCGAGCAGUUCGUGGACCGCGUGGUGGCCAAGCUGCGGGAGGAGGCCGCGAAAGAGCGCGCGGGGGGCGCACCGUGGAAGCAUUAG